AUGACUCCUAAGAAGACGGGUAAAGUCGGUGAUAAGUGCUGUCUAUUUAAUGAAGACUGGAGGGCCAAAUAUUUCUUUAUUGAUGCAGGAAAUAAAGCCACAUGCUUACUAUGCCAUGAUACAGUUGCCAUAUUCAAGGAGUACAAUCUGAAACGACAUCACGAAACAAAACACAGUGACUUUGGCUGCAAACUUUCAGAUGAAGAACGAAAAAUAAAAGCAGCAGAGUUCGUGAAACGCUUGAAGAUUCAUCAAGCGUUAUUUACAAAGAAAACACCGCUUCAAAAUAGUGCUACAGAAGCAAGUUUCAUUUUUGCCUAUAACCUUGCUAAACGAAACAAACCUUUUUCAGAUGGUGAGUUUAUUAAACAGUGCAUGGUAGAGUGUGCAAGUGUAUUGUGUCCUGACGUUAAAACCAAAUUUGAGAGCAUUUCGUUGUCAAGGAGGACUAUAGCGCGGCGCAUUGAUUUAAUUAAUGCUGAACUUACACACCAGCUAAAGACUUGGCUUACCCUGGAACAAAAUGGUAAGCAUUACAACAGACAGGGCAAGAGCUUUCUGUGGGAAAAAUAUAGGUCUGGUGAAACUUUUAAAAAACAAGUUACAUUCAAAGACACAGAUAGUGAUAUUUUGGAUUUUCAUUGUAUUUUACAUCAUGAAAGCCUCUGCAAGACUGCACCAGACUUAAAGCAUGUGGUAGAUCCUGUUGUUGGUGUUGUGAACACAAUCAGAGCAAGGGCACUCCAUCACAGACAGUUCAAAUCUCUUCUUGAGGACGUUGGGGCAGAACAUGAAGAUGUAAUUUACCAUAACAGUGUGAGUUGGUUGAGCUUGGGCAAAGUAUUAAAUAGAGUCUGGGCAUUACAAGAUGUAAUUAUUUUAUUUCUGGACACUAAGGAAAUAUCUCAUGAUUUUGUUGCAAAAAUAGGAUGUGAAGAGUGGAGAUAUGAGAUGAUGUUUGUAGCUGAUAUUUUUGCACAACUGUAUGAGCUGAUUGUGACUUUGCAGGGAAAGGGGUUGUUUGCUCAUGAAAUGUGGACACAUGUCAAAGCAUUUAAAACAAAACUAGCUAAGAUUAGGGAUUAUCUGCAGAGUUUAGAGGCUGAAUUUACUACAAGAUUUCGGGAUUUUAAAAAAAUUGAGCCUCAAUUUAAUGUUUUAUCGUAUCCCAUCACUGCUGAUAUUGACACUGCACCACAGGAGCUGCAACUUGUACUGAUUGACAUGCAUGCAGAUCACACAGUGAAAGAAAUGUUUAGUGCUCUAACUUUAGUCGACUUUUAUGAAUUUUUGUCUGCUGAAAAAAUUGCAUGUAUGAAGAAAUUUGCAGGCAAAAUGUUCUCCAUAUUUGGAUACGUAUAUUUGUGA